AUGGCGUCAAGCCACGGUUAUCCGAAGUGGCUUCUUAAUUCAAAGGAAGAUAUUACAAAAUCCAAGGUUUAUAUUAACCUGAUCAUUUUGAAUAUUAUUGUCAUAGACCUAGAUUGGCUUAUAUUUUUACCUAUAUUUUAAUUUAUUUGAAUACUUAAAUUUUACCUAUUUGUCAGGCCUAUUUAAUUUGCUAACUAACAGACUAACAAGACUAAGACUAAUACUAAUACUAAUACAAUUUACAAUACUAAUACUAGUAAUACUAAUAAUAAUAAGUAAAAGUUACUAAAAGUAAAAGCAAUGUCAAUGUUGAAUGACAAUACAUAAAAAAGAGACUCAUACAAAUAUUUACACUAGUCUCACUAGACAAUAAUCAACAGCUAAAAUCUAGAUUAUUACACCCUCAUUGUCUGCUGGUUAAAACGAUAAGUCUGUCACUUAGCAGAAGAAACGUAGCCAUCAGGAUGUAGUUGUUUUCAAUUUGAUCACAUACUUAUAAAAUUCACAUACUUAUUGAAUUAUGAUUACAUAAUGCAGUCACAGCAAACUGACUAAAUUCAAUUUUAAACUUACUGAGACUCAAAGCAAUGUAGGCUACAAAAUGAGAUUCACAAUUGGAAUGUUGAAUUUAAAUUAUUAUUGGCACUCCUCUGACUGCCGAUUCAAAAUUUCGAAUAGCAUACUUUUUGUUAGAAAGUGCCAUACAGCCCCAUUUAUUGGUGAUGUAAUUUUUUACAUCUACAGUUCUUAAUAAAUGGAGUACUCUUGUUUGUAAUAAUAUAAAAUAACCAAUGCCGUGGCCGGCAGCCUGCAAGCGCCAAAUUAUAUUGCAAAUAAUCAUUAAUAAUGUUUUGCCAGGAAACAUUCUGCAAACUUAUGACACAAGGCCAUAGACACUGUAUGACUCAUGACAGCAUGCAAGUCAGCAUGUUUUGUUUAGUAUGGCUUGCUGAACACUCUCUCAUAACUGUCAACGUCCCAUGUCUUACUUUUGUCAAAUGUGCUCAGUUCCUGUUGGUUACCCUUGAAAAUGCCACCCAUGAAAUUCGAGAUGCAGUAUAUGCAAACUGUGGGCUAAGCACACAGAGCAUUGUCAUGAUGAUAUUCUAUUGGGUUAUGAAGUGAAAUGCAAGGAUUUUAUACUUUUCAAAAGCAUUGAAAGUUAGGACACCAUUGUAAACUACAACAACUUUUUCUGAAUUGAGUGUCUCAGUUGGUUUUAAGUUCAGCAAGGUGGAACAUGCCAUGGCCUGUUUCCAAGUUUCUUGUGUGCUUUCCAGUGGUGAUUUAGCCACAAAAAAUACUUUAUUGGACAGUACUAUAAGUUGUUGAGUGAUAAUUAUCACAUUUGACCAUGUACAUGGACGACAUGGUAAAACAUUGAACUGUCGAAGUAACUGGUCAUUCGAUGUAUUCCAGGAAUCAGAGGAUUGCCAUAGUUUUCAGUUGGCCAAUUGUCAUUGUUAAAGGAAAAAAAAUACAGUCUACAAGAAAAAUGUAAACCCUAAUACUACAUCUUCUGUCAGAAUAUUUUAAUACUAAUUUUAAAAGAUAUCAGGAGAUUAUUUUAAAAAAAUUAUUAAUAUUAAGAAAUCAUAGCUGUAAGUAAUAUAAAGAAGCCAUAAAAACAACCAUUACAAAAUGGAAUGUAAAAUCACACUAAAUUCUGAAGGGUUGUUUCAAAUUUGAGUAUAUCAUUGAAGUUCCAAAGCUGCCAUUGGCCAUUGAAUUUCAGAUUUAACACUGCUUCUUUUUUACCUUUGAGCGAUUGUAGGGAAUGUCGUACAUAAUAGAAAACCAUUUACACUGGUGGCUUUUAGAGAUGUUAUUGAAAAUGCAGCAAAUCCAUUUGACACAGACACACACACAUAUAUAUGUAUUAGUUUCAUAAUGAUAUAAAAUUACAUUUUGUUGUGUUGUUUAUGAUUUCAAUGCAAGUAAUCAAUACCUAAAUAUAAACUUAUAUGGCCCAGAUUUAAUUUACAGAAGUGCUGUUUAAAUCUAAAAUAUACUAUUCAAAAUGUUAUUAGAAUAAUUAAUAUUAUUACUUAAAUUUUUUUUUUUUUACUAGCUUUUAUGGAAUCAUUUAAAAAGUGUUUGACACUAGGAUUAGGAUUUUGGCAUGGAUCUAUUGAAGCAGUUUAAUGAUUGUUAUAUGUAUUUUCUUGCUGUAGUUGCAAAGAGACAAAAUAAUAUUUCAUUGUUAUGUUUUUUCUUUUCUAAUUUAAUAUAGGAGUGGAACUCUUUUGUCCAUGACCUGCAUGAAGCGAUUCAACAACAACUUACUGAGAGUCAUGUGCAGUACUUUACUGAUCUCUCUGAGGCAGAGAAAAUGCUUUUUAUGCAAAGAGCUACCAAGGUCCUUGAAGGAGGUGUUUCAUUUUAUUGGGGAAUGUUGAUAAAUUUAAAAAAUUAAAAUUAUGCUUGAAGCAAAUGUUAACUACAAACUGACAAUUAAAUGUCAACAUUUUGAUAAGUUACAAAAAUAAUUUAGUAAAGACAAUUAAUUUUCAAUUUUUACCCUGUAAAAGAAAUUUUAAUAUUUAUUUUAAAAAAUUUAAAAAAAUGCGGACCCCAUUCUUAUAAUCCAUUGAAAGGAAGAAUUAAUCUUUAAAAAUUAUAAUUUGUUUGUACUUUUAGACUAUAUAUUUAAAUUAUAUUAUUUCUAAGAAAUUAAACACCAUAUUUAAAAAAAAUUAUGAUGAUCAUAACAAAAAUAGACAUUAAUUAAUAACUAUUUCAGGAUCAUCUUCCAAGAAUUUAUUCAACAGAGUUUCAUCAGUUAUGGACCAACAACUCAAUAGUCAAGUUGGUCACCAACUGCUUGAAGAGAACCCAACAGGUAUAUACCACAAAUAUCAGAUGCUCCACCUUUCAGCAUGUGCAGCAUUUGUCUGUAUAGAUGGGCUACUAUUUAGUUUGUUAUUCAGCUGCAGGAUUCUAAAAAAAUUUCAUGCUGAUUAAACGCCAUCCUUCAGAUAGUCCCACCAAAAACACUUUAAAGCUGUUUUUUUAAUCUUUGAUUAGCAUAUAACAUUCCAAUUGUUAGAUCUUUACUUUUUAUAUUGUUUAGUUUACAACUUAUCAUUUGUAUGUAGGGCUACUGCAUGUUAUUACAGGAAUUAAAUCUGUUCAAUGUUUGCACUCGUCUUACAGUUUGAAAAUAAAGGGGACAACAUUGAAGUUUUUUAAAAUUUAGUGAAAAAGGAUAAAUAAGUUAACUAUGAAAUAUAGAAUUUAAAAGCAUGUUCAUUUUUCAUUCAGACACAAGAUCGGACUUGGUGGUUGAGGCUGCUGAGGAAGGAGUUAUCAGUCUUUUAAAAAGAUGGCCCGAUCUGAAAAGUAAACUCCACAUUUGUUUUAACCAGCCGUUAGUUGAGCCCAUGAGGCAGCUGGCUUGGCAGCUCUAUCUCAGCAACCCUCGGAGUAAGUCUCAAAUAAUUUUUAAAUUGUGCCAGCUAAGAAUACAAACUCUUAGUACCAGUUAUAUAUCUUUAAGACAUUAAAAGCUGAAAUAAAGGGAUUGAUUGCAUGAUGAUUGCCCCUUUUUUUACUCUCUCAUCAUUAUGUUAUUGUUUCAGUUCGUAAAAUUUAUGUAGAUCUGUUAAAUGAGAAUCCUCGUGCGGCCAUUUCUCCAAUGGACAUUGAGAUUUCACAGAAAGUGGAGCAGAUGGUUUUAUCUGAACAAACAUUUGUUGACCUCAAAGGCUCAGUGGGUGAGUGAGUAAAACAAAAAUCCUACAAACAAACGGUGACUAAUACAUUCAUACAUCCCAGUGGGGCUGCAGCCCAUGUUGGGCUUUGCCCUGCCUCACCACUUCCUUCCACUCUGACCUAACUGAUGCGUUUCUUUUCCAUGAUGCUUUGAUUCCCAGCUGCUGUAGAUCUUUUCCCACAUCAUCCAUCCAUCUAAGCCUAGGUCUGCCUUUGAGCCAUUUUCCUCAGGGGUUUUGGUGGUGCACCCUCUUCACUCCUCUGUCAUUUGGCAUUCUUUCUAAGUGUCCUGCCCAGCAUAGCCUACCCUUUUUUAUUUCUGCUACUUGUGUGGGAUUCAGGUUUAGUCUAUACAAUUCAUAUUCAUCCUGACUAUUACAUUAGAGUGGCUGAAGGGUUGCAAGGGGAAAAAAAAGGUUAAUUGAUUGGUACUAAUAAGCUCCUAUGUUUAUUCCAAACAAGACUUAUAGGAGCUUGUUUGUGAGGUCUUUUUAAAAUCUGGAUUCAUUGAUUUUAGAUUUUUCUUCUGGGUCCCACGUAACCUUAUUAUCUUUAUCCAAAAACUUCAUUCUAUAAAAGUCUUGUGAAGAUAUAAUCUAUGAUGUUGACAUGUUUCAGGUCAUUUCUAUGCCAUGAAAGCAACACUGUCCUAUCACCAUGCCAGGCAGCAAGCAAACAGCAGACUCAAGGAUAUUGACUAUUUUCUGGUGGUACCUUUUGUUGUUGUUGCCAGCAACAGCUUAUCCAGGUAUUUUACACCAGAUCUCUUUUCUUUCUGUAUGUACAUCAGCUGAUUCCAUAUCCACCUGGUACUAAGAGAAUUUUACACACAACUAGCAUUAUAAUUAUUUUUAAUAUAUAUUAAAUAAAUACUACAAAUUAAAUCUCAUUGAAGUUAUGAAAGAAAAGUCAGUACCAUUAAGUGUACAUUUUUAUUUAUAAACAACCCAAGAAAAGGCUCAUGAUUAUGUCUUUAAAACUACAAAAAUAGCUUUAAGAGAACAGUUUUCACCCAGCAUGUAGGUAGCUGUUCCAAAGGGAGAAGAGUUAUGAAACCUUCAUAUUGAACAUUUCAUCAAUAUUUUAUGUCAUUUUUGCUCAAACUUUAAUAAAUGCACUGAAGUUAAAAAAAAAAAAAAAAGAUUUCAUAUUGUCUUUACUCAGACGAGAACCAGCACCAGGAAAAGUUGUGGCCCAACUGGUUGAAGAAUAUUUGACCUACAUGAGCACAAGGCCAGGAUUUGUUGUAGACUCAGGAUCUCCGGUAAAUUUUGUCACAUGAACCUUAGUUAAUUGUUGCAUACAAUUAAACAUUAUUUUUAAGCUUGCAGAGCACCUUGACAUUUUGUUUUAAAAAAAUAAUAAAAGCUUAAAAAAUUGUUUUCAUGUCCAGUACUUUUGUCGAGCAAUUUUAUAAAGUGGUAUGUAAUGAGGGCUCAAGCUUUCAUUGAAAUCUAAGAAUUUGAAUUGUUUAAAAUAUCAAACUGAUUGACAAAUAGAAAUUUCUAUGAAUAAAAAUAGUUUAUCACCAAUUUACUAAGGAAAAUAUUUUUGACUGCAUGGGGGCUUAAGAAUGAUAGUAAAGAUGUAACAAAUUCAAAGUUAGGCAAUGUAACAUAUGAUUUUAAAAUAAAAAAACUUUCAUACACACAGCAGCAGAGUAACUUCAGACAUGUAGAAUUGUUUUUAAAAUGGUGUCACAACCUCACUUAUUUUCUGAGAAACAAAAUACAGCAAAAAAAAUAAAUAAAUCUAGUGUGUGGGUGUGAGAGGAAAUGGAUAGCAAUAGAGGUGGAUGCAGCAGUGAAUAAUUCCAUGAUUGAACUAAUCCCUCAUCAGCUCCACAAUGAAGAGAUGAAAGGUUUUGUGGGCAAAGUGGCUGCUGUUUUAGAGAAGCAUUAUCCCGAUGUGUCAUCUGUGGUUGCCAAAACUUACGUCCCGGCCAGAGGUAGCACUGUCAACAUUUUCAAAUCAUGAGAUGGCAUUUAUUUAUUUAUUUUUUAAAGUGGCCUUUUUAAAUAUCUUUAGUACGGUAAUGAUCUAAACAACAGUUGAAAAUAAAUUGACGUAAAUUAAAAUGUGCAUUUUGAAUUUAAUAAUGGUUUAUCUUGUCAAGUUGUAGGGCUAGAAGUAAUUGUAUUCAUGAUUUUAAAAUGAUAUAAAAACUUUAAGAUGAUAUAAAUAAAGGUGGGUUAAUCUAUUUCCCCACAUUAUUAAAUCCCAUUUAACAUUGGAAAAUUCUAUUCUUUUCUUAGAAAAAAUUGUCACUACUGAAAAAGGGUCAAGAGCUUUGUUGUUGGAAGGCUUGCAAGAAUUAAUCAGGCCAAUGGUUAGAACGAUGUUGAUAGGUGAGGAAUGGAUUGGACUUCUCUGCUCUUUUUGUUAAUAUGUUGCCUUUUACAUUAUUAUGACGUCAUUAAACUCAGUAGCCCUUUAAAUUUAAAAUUACAACAAAAGGAGAAAAAAAAAAUAAAUAAAAAGAAGUAAUAAUUCUAUAUUCAUGAAAAUAAUAUUUAAAUACAUUGUGAAUUUUUUUUUUUUUUACAGUAGUAUUCAAUUACCUCUGUGAAUAAUUUCUAUCAUUCUACAAUGUGCAUUCUCUAAAACUCAAAGUUGACUCAAACUCAGCGCACUCAAAAAGUAAGACUUCUUAAGCUCAACAGACUCCUAAGUGUCUUUUCAAUUUUCUUUACUCCUCCAGGUUAUUUGAAUUUCGAGACAUUGUUGUAUGUCUGGGACCAGUACAUAAUAGGGCUUGAUGUCCCAGGAUUCAGUGCUGAGUGGCUGUCUGUUGUCAUAGCAACUCUUCUGGGCUUAGAGCAUGAUAAGCUUAAAGAAUGCCAAUCUGUAAGUAUUUCCUUAAGUGUUCCACCAGGGCCCAAACUGGGAGUGUUCCCUCAUACUAUAAGUUUUCCCCAAGACUAUGAGUGUUCCCCAAGACUAUGAGUGUUCCCCCAGACUGUGAGUGUUCCCCAAGACUAUGAGUGUUCCCUCAGACUAUGAGUGUUCCCCCAGGCUGUGAGUGUUCCCCCACAUUAUGAGCAUUCCCUCAGACUAUGAGUGUUCCCCAAGACUAUUAGUGUUCCCUCAGACUAUGAGUUUUCUCCAAGACUAUGAGUGUUCCCUCAGACUAUGAAUGUUCACCAAGACUAUGAGUGUUCCCCGAUACUAUGAGUGUUCCCUCAGACUAUGAGUGUACCCCAAGACUAUGAGUGUUCCCUCAGACUAUGAGUGUUCCCCAAGACUAUGAGUGUUCCCUCAGACUAUGAGUGUUCCCCCAGACUGUGAAUGUUCCCCCACACUAUGAGCGUUCCCUCAGACUAUGAGUGUUCCCCAAGACUAUGAGUGUUCCCUCAGACUAUGAGUUUUCCCCAAGACUAUGAGUGUUCCCUCAGACUAUGAGUGUUCACUAAGACUAUGAGUGUUCCCCGAGACUAUGAGUGUUCCCCCACACUAUGAGCGUUCCUCCAGACUUUUUUGAUAUCUGUAUUUAUUUCUGUAAUAUCAUAUGUAUAUUUUGUUAAUAUGUACCAUUUUGAGCUUCAGAAGAAUGUAUUAUUUUUCACUUAAUCAGUUCUAAAUACAACAUAUUUUAUUAUUAUGAAUCGUUUACGCUUAUUUGAAAUCUAUCUCAUCUUUACAACCCAUAAAAAAAAGAGAGAAAGAAAGUGAAUCUUUUGAUCAAAACUAUGUCUUAAAAUAACAAAUAAGUCACUUGUUGAAAAUUGAUUUUUAAAAAAAAUAGUAAAAAGUAUUGUCAAGAAUGACUUCCUGUGCUCUACAUUCCCACCAUACCCCAAGAGUUACAUCCCUUGUUUAGAGACUUGUUUCCAUUGUUACUGUCUUGGACUUUUUUUUUUUUUACAAAUGUUUUUUUUUUAAUUAAAAAAAAAAUUAAAUUAAUAAAUUCAACCCAGCUUUCACAUAAGAGUUACAAACCCAAAUGAUGGCAUUCCAUUCAAGCAUGGCUUUUCAAAAUCUUUUCCAAAUAUUUUUUUUUUUUUACAAAUGUUUUUUUUUUAAUUAAAAAAAAAAUUAAAUUAAUAAAUUCAACCCAGCUGUCACAUAAGAGUUACAAACCCAAAUGAUGGCAUUCCAUUCAAGCAUGGCUUUUCAAAAUCUUUGCCAAAUUCUUAUUGUUUCAAUAUGCAAUCAUCAGCCCCUGGCCAUGGAAACAGUACUGAACAGAGAAAGUCCUCUUUUGACCAUCCAACAGUUUCAGUAUCAGGUGAGUUUAUAUUUUUACUUCUUCCAUGAUGUGGGCAUGUGUUACAUUUCUUCUUCAAAAACCAACACCCAAGUGAUGAAGUUAGUUUGACCCAAAAAAACAAGAUGACAGGUUUUUUCCUCCAAAAGCCUAACACCUUGCCUGAAUGAAGGUGUAUGCAUAGGUUUGGACAUUUACUAUUCAUUUACAUUACAAAAAUGCUUUGACAUACAACUAUGCUUAAUAAUAAAAUAACCUGCUUUAGGUGAAGCGUCAUCAUUACAGAGAACUUUUUGCAAUGCUAACAGCUGAUCAGAAAUCUGCCAUGCCAGUCCUUGAUCCAACACAGUGUAAGUCUCUUCAUAGUACAUUAUUUUUAAGCUUUUUAAUUGAAAAAAAUAAACUAAUUUCUACUUUUAAGAUCUAUUUAAUUUUUAAAAAAUAAAUUAUAGUUGGUGUUUGAAAAUAUAGCACUGUUGCGGCGAUGUAAUCCUAAGUAAGGCUACCUGUCAUGUGGGACAUCAUGACUUGGUUCUGCACCUUCGCACUCAUUCUUUUCCCCCACUUAUAUUUCUCUUAAUUAAUUGCUUAUCACUGGAUGCUAGGCCAAAUAAUAAAACUUGAAGAAGUAUUUUAAUACUUACUUAAUAAUCUGUAUUUCAUUCAUUCUUUUUAUUGUUUGCCUUUAGCUCUCCAUCCUCCUUGGAGACAUUGGUACAAUGAUCAGAUCCCUCCUUACACUAAACCUCAAGACAGACGGAAAGCUAGGGAGGAGAGGGAGGCAGAGAGGGAGAGGUGAGUUUAAAAUAAUGUUUUCUUGGUAACAUUACAAUUAAUGAUGAAUAUGAAAUAAAGGGAUCCUAGUUUUAAUAAUUAAUUUAUUUUCAGUAUAAAGAAAAUUAUAUUUUUUUUUCUUAAAAGUGGUUGUCUUAAAAUAUUUUAUUUUCUGGAACUGCUAUUCGCACUCUUAUUUUUACUCAUAGUAUUGAGAUAUAGUCCAAAUAUUAUUGGUUCAUUUUCUUAAAUUUAAAAGGCUAAAUUUUAAUUUGAAUAAAAAGUCUUAAAAUUUAAAAAAAAAAAAAUUUAAGCAUUGUUAACAUCCAUCUCAAAACUUUAAAACUCCUUACAUUCUUUACAUUGCUUGCAGACUUUUACAGCAGCAGAGAGAUGCUGAAAGAAUGAAGAAAGAAGGAGAGCUCAGAGACAGAAAGUGAGUCAGCUGACUUUAACAGAUAAACAAGCUCAUAAAAACAAUAAACAAAAGACGAUCAAUAAUGAUUAUUUAUAUAAUGAUGCACAUUUUCUUUAAUUUUUCAAACUAUAAGUAAAAUUUUUAAAAACUAAAACAGAAAGUGUUUUAAUUAUUAAUGUAAAAAAAUAAGGAAACAAUCCAUGGAAUGACAUAGACACAAGAGUUUCAGGUAAACAAUAUUUGUGUUUCCUCAGGACAACAGAAGGGGAGACAAUGAAGAUGGCAGCUGCUGAAAGAGCUCGUUUGGACAGGGAAAAGAUUGACCUAGAAUACCAACUCCAGGAGGUUAGUUUUUGAGGAAUAAUUGAGAUUAUCUCUAGGCCUGUAGUUCAUUCGAUUGCAGGUGUUGAAAGGCCUAAGUAGCUUUGAAUUUUUCACUUGAAUUAUACAUAUGACUUUAACUUAGUUCAUUUUAUCAUUAUGUCAGAAAGCCAAAAGAAAUUUGAUACUAAAUGAAUGUGCACAACUAGUUAAUCACUUUUGUAUGUCACUUUUAAUUGAUUGAUUUUAAUCAAUUUUAAUUUGUCUUCUUUUUCUCCCUUUACCCUCUUCAGGCUGAUGAUCAUGGCAAGGAGUAAUUCCUCCUAGUUAAACAUUAUUUUUGGCUAAUUCUAAUUUUCUUAAAAAUUGCUUUUCAAAAUAUUUUGUGCAAAAUUACGUUGUAAUUUCUUCUUCUAGGAGAAAAGGAGAAGAUUAGAUGCAGAGAAGAGGGCAAAAGAGGAAAUUGAACAACUGAGAAGAGAACUGGAUGCAUUGAGGAAGCCGGUAAGUUUAGUUGUGUUUCUCAUACAUCAUGCAAUGCCUGUGUUUAUUUAGUGAUUGUUUGACCAGUGUUGAGUACUAAAUUGAUCCUCAUACACAUUGCCUGUGUUUAUUUAGUGAUUGUUUGACCAGUGUUGAGUACUAACUUGAUCCUCAUACACAUUGCCUGUUUUUAUUUAGUGAUUGUCUGACCAGUGUUGAGUACUAAUUUGAUCCUCAUACAGAUUGCCUGUGUUUGUUUAGUGAUUGUUUGACCAGUGUUAAGUACUAACUUGAUCCUCAUACACAUUGCCUGUAUUUAUUUAGUGAUUGUUUGAUGUUUUCAGAAGUCUCCAAAUCCAUCUCUGAUGAGCACAAGUUCCUAUGUGAGGUAGGGAGUCAAGAGUUGUACUUGUUCUUUCUCUUGGCCUUUUCAAAUGUCAUUUUCAUGUACCAGGUACAGCAUGUGUUAUCUGCAAAAUGGCUUUCAAAUUUUUUGGGUGUUAGUAAGAUGUAUGAAUGUACUGUGAAGAAAACUUAAGCUUAAUUAAUAUAAACAUAUAAUUUUGACCAUUCAAAAAUCCCUGUAGAAGUAGUGGAACAAAUCAGGUCAUGCAUCGCCUGUUACUUUGUUAUGAAGUGACAUCUUUUUUUCUGUUCAUCAAUAAUUUUAUAGUGUUAAGGUUUUAAAUAUAGACUUUUAAUAAAUUUCAAUAAUUAAACAAAUGGAAGUUUUAAAAAAAAAAAGAAAAAAAGAAAAAUAAUUCAAACUUCUUUGCUUUCAUUUCUUUCACUGCCAUGUCACUCUGUCACUGCCAUGUCACUCUGUCACUGCCAUGUCACUCAGUCACUGCCAUGUUACUCUUUUGUCACUCAGUAGCAAUUUCAUGUCACUGCUUUGUCACUACUAUGUAGCAAUUUCAUGACACUAUUUUGUUGCUGUUAUGUCAUUAUAGUACACUUUCAUAUCAUUAUUGUUUCACUGUUAUGUCACUGUUGUGUCACUGUUGUGUCACUGUUGUGUCACUGUCAUGUCACUGCCAUCUCACUGUCAUGUCACUGUCAUGUCACUGUUAUGUUGUAUCAAUCAACAGCCGUAUGCUGAUUCCUCCCCCUCCCACACCUGACUCACAAUAUGGCCUGCCACCGAUAGCAGAGUCCCCAUCGCACAGCCCCGCCCAGGCAGAGGAAGUCAUAUUUGAUUUUCUCAGAAAGAUUCGCAAGAGUAUGGAUAAAAGUGGGUUUUUAUUUGUUUUUUUUACAAUCUACUUAAAAGGCAAUCCCUUUUUUAAUAAAGUGAAAGACUAAAAUAUCGUUUCUGUCUUAAUUUAAAAUCUGUUGGAUAACUUUAGUUUGCUGUAAAAAGAAUAUUCUCUGAAAUUAUUAUACAAUCCUAAAUUAUCUUUAUUCUAAUUGAUAUGAAGUUUUAUUAUCAUUUAGUCUUCAUACCAAGGUUGAGUUAAAUGAAUUAUUAUAAAUUUUAUGCUAGCUUGUAAGUUUGUGGUUAACGGAAAUUAGUAGGAAAAUAAUUUGUUUACAAACCAGUUCCCAAAGGAAGUUUGUUAAAAUGAAAAUUGUUAGAAAUUAAAUUUGCCCCAAACAGAACUUUUUUUUUGGGGCCUUAUACGUUUCUUCAUAUAAAUUGAUUUUGAACGAAUUGGUUUUGCAUUUAUCAUCGGUUGAUGAUCUUUCAUUGCUGUUAAUUUUUUUGUUUGUUAAUAUGUCAGUUGCCAAUGGAGAAGGACAAGAGGCAGAACACUUAAAUAAAGAAACAGAGAAAUACAUUUACAACAAUGUGCAGGACAUCAAGAGGGCCCAGGCGAGUAUUUCCAGGAAGCAACCUACUGUUUAUUAGCAUAUUUACCUUCAUCAUUCAAUCUCCUUUAAAAGGGCAAUAGAUUUAUUCAAAUGUUUCCCAUCUAAAGUUUCAGUUGACAGUGUUUCAGAAAAUCACAUCUCAGAUUUGUGUAAAGGCGAUGAUACAGAAUAGUGGUGUUUUUUUUAAGCAUAAUUUAAAAAAUAACAAUGUCAAAGAGAUGUUUUUAAACUUUCAACUGUGAUUCCAAAUCAAAAUGGUUGUGUAAGAAAAAUAAGUGAUAGUCCAAAGUCAUGGGAGAAAUGUCAACAGUUCUCACUCUAUUUAAAAUGUUUAGCGGCCAUUGGUCACAACUGUUUUGGGAUGUUAUGCUUCCAGUCACAGCUAGUGCAUUAAACUAGUGCAUUGAACUAGUGCAUUUAGCCAGUGCCUUCAAAUUACCCAGUAAAUUAAACAUGUAACAAACGCUAGGCAAGUAACAUGACACCUUACAAAAAUUACCUGUGGUCUCACUCUGCUUUCACUGGCGUGUAGUUAUUUUUACCUGUGCCUACCUGUAUUUCAGAUUGAAGUGUUUGGCCACAGAUUACAGCCUGGUGAGUUUGAGAGGAUGGACGCCCAUAAACAGAAGAAAGCCAGCGACCAGAUCAUGGAACUUAUACAAAAAUGGAGGGAAGACAGGCGGGCGAGGGAGCUUAGGAAAGUGAUGUAACAGAUUUAAUCAUUACGGUCAAAUUUAGUUGUAUUAUUUUUAUGUUCAAAAUAUUUAUUUGUAAUUUAUAAUUUUUACAAUUACCGUAUAUACUCGCAUAUAAGCCUACAUCGCAUAUAAGCCGACCCCCUAAAACUGCUUUAAAAUGGCCAGUUUUUGCAAAAACCCGCAUAUAAUCUGACCAUAAAAUUGUCUAAUUUUACUCCAUAUUUUUGGUUCAUAGAAAUGUGUUACUGUAAAGAUGUAAGAUGCUUACUUUAAUGUUACAUACCAGUUUGUUUACCUUUCGGAAUGACACAAAAACGUGUUCUGCUCUUUCCACAUUGUUUGCUAUAAUAAUAUCUGAACCUCCGC